AUGCGACCUACCACAACAAUAAAGUUGGGUGCUCUCGUCGCCGGUCUCUUGGCAACUACUGCUGAGGCUGGUCCUCUCAGGAGUCGUCCAGUACAGAGUCAGGCGUCGUUGCAGAAGAGACACGAUGGGGAUGAUCAUUCAACAAUAGGAGAGGGCGGUGAUGGAUCAACAACGAUUGUGGUGUCUUACACGAUACCAGGGUUCAUUGGGGUCACGACGGACUUCCCGAGUGACUACUUUGGGAAGUCUUCGACGUCGACGGGCGCUGGGGUGGCUAGCAGCAGUGGUGCGGUCGUGCCCGGGGGAGUGUUUGUGACGGCGUCUGGAUCCGCAGCAGCGUCAUCGAGUUCUGCGGUUGCCUCAUCCAACAUCCUCAACAACCUCCCCACCGCCGUCACCGGCGCCCUUCCCUCCGCCACGACCACCGUCUCCCCCGAGAUCUACGCCAAGAACCUCGCCGACGCCCGCCGCUACAACGAGCAGUUCUCCAGCCUCACCAAGGACACCACCUGCAUCUCCGGCCAGGCCGCUUGCGUGGGGGGUGGCCGUGCCUACUGCAACGCCCAGGGCAAGUUCAACGUUGCUCAGUGCGGCAGUGGCAAGAAGUGCUUCGUCAUGCCCAUGACCACCGUCCAAGGCGUGCCGGAUGAGGCGGCAAAGGUUUUGGCGCCUAUUGCGGCUCCCAUUGGAGGAGGAGUAGGAGCGGUUGGUAGCAGCAGUGCUGGUGCUGGCUCGGAGGUGGUUAUUACAAGUACGGUGAAGGUUACACAGAGUUUCGGCACGGUGACCAUGACGGUGCCUCCCCCCUCUGGAUCCUCUGGAUCUGGGGGAGCGGUUGGUAGCAGCAGUUCUGGCCUGGAUGUGACCGUUACGGAUACCACCAAGGUCACUCAGAGCGUCGGUCCGGUGACGGUGACUGUUACUGUUGUUGGUCCUCCUCCUGGAGUAGCUUCAUCAUCGAGCGCGGUUGCUGUCACUACUUCAGCUGCAGCCUCGUCGGUCAUUGCCUCAGUGCCGCCUACGACAAGCUCUAUGACUGCUUCUUCAUCGAGUGUCAUCGCAGUUCAGCCUCCCGUUUCUUCUUCCGCUUCGGUCUCCUCAUCCUCCUCGGCGAGCUUGCCUCCUACAACUACUACUGAUAGCAAGACAUUCAUCACGGUGACUGCUAUUGUUACGGACGGCGGGAGCACUUACCCGAUUACCUUCACCGUGGAUCCUAGCUCGCUGCCUGUCAUUUCCCCUUCCAUCACCACCAGCAACCCUCCUCCCCUUCCUACAACCUCCACGAUCACCUUAACCACCUCAAAACCCUUGUCCACCAUACUACCCUCAACAACACUCUCAUUUCACAACGUUCCUAACCAAAGGAUUUCUACCUUUUCAGGCUCUUCAGUCUCAGUCUCAGUCCCAUCUUCAGCUCCUGCUCCAGUUACCACCAGCAGCGUUACCACAACCAGCGCUCCGAUCAUCACAAGCAGCGCCGAAAGCAGCGCCGCUUCUAGCACCACCAGCGACGACGAUCCCCUCGUAAUCAUCCCCGUCACCGGCACCGUGACGGACUUGCCUACGGAGAUUGCCAAUCUCGUUCCUGGUCCUCCUGCUGUUGCUGCUGCUGAGGUCACUUCUGCCCCUGCUGCCGCUUCUGCUGCUGUCGACAGCAAACAAGCAUCAGAAGCACAAUACUGGGCGACAGUCGACCGCCUCUUCAAACCCCCUCAAUACUCCUCCGGCAACGGGUUAAAUGGGAAUGAGAACCAUGUCAAGUUAGCAGCUGCUGUCACGGUCUCGGUGUCGACACAGCAGAUGUUCCAAACGGGGGAGGCGGUUAAGGAGACGACUACGACUACGGUUAAGGAGACGACUAAAAGAGAGACGGUCAGAGUGACGGAUACGUUGAUUCAUAAUGAGACUGCCACCGUUACGGAGACGCAGACCGUGACGGUGGCUGGGCCGGCGGUUGCUACCGCUGCGUAG